UUGCACAACAACACCGAAAGGAGAUGAGGGCGUUGUUGUUGACUGCGACAAGUGCGCGAAGAGUGGUGGCGCGUGCACGUGCACGCUGCUGCUACUGGCGAAGCAGCAGCAGCAGUACGAGCAGCAGUACGAGCAGCAGUACGAGCAGUACGAGCAGCAGUACUGGUGCGGGCGCUGGUGGCAGCAGUGGGGACAGCAGUGAACGGGUGUUGCGGGUGCUGGGGCAGGAGUAUGCGCGGGACAACAUGUCCAAUGUGACGCCAGCGGUGGUGCAACGCAUGGACGCGGACCUGCUUUCACAGCCGUCGCAUCCACUCGCCAUCCUACUGAGGCAUAUUGAGGAGUAUUUUCAGCAAGAUCAGUUCCGUCAUUUUGGCCGCUGUAUCUUCUCCUCCCACCGUAAUAUGAAGCCAGUCGUCACUCCUCAACAGAACUUUGACUCGCUGCUCAUUCCCCAGGACCAUCCCAGCCGGUCUCCUUCCGACAACUACUACCUGAACAAGGACUUUAUGCUUCGCGCGCACACGAGUGCGCACCAGUCUGAGCUCAUCUCCUCGGGCCUCAACGCCUUCAUCUGCUCCGGUGACGUCUACCGCCGAGACGAGAUUGACCGAAGCCACUACCCGGUGUUCCAUCAGACGGAGGGCGUUCGUCUCUUCUCCAUCGAUGAGGUGAACAAGAUGACGGGGUCGUCUGUGUUUGCGCAGCACGCCUCGCGCUCCCCAGAGCACCAGGAAUCACACACCAUCACGACAGCACAGGCAGUCGGCAGAGACCUCCGCACCACGCUGUCCGGGCUCGUUGAGCACCUGUUUGGGCCCGUGGAGCAGCGGUGGGUCGACUGCUACUUCCCCUUCACACACCCGUCGUGGGAACUUGAGAUCCUGUUCGAGGGCGAGUGGCUGGAGGUGCUUGGCUGCGGUGUGAUGGAGCAAGAGAUCCUCGAUGCCGCCGGCGCCGACAACAAAGUCGGAUGGGCAUUUGGCCUCGGUCUUGAGCGGCUGGCGAUGGUCCUGUUUGGAAUUCCGGACAUCCGACUCUUCUGGUCAAAAGAUCCGCGAUUCCUCUCGCAGUUCAAGCACGACGCCCCGCUCGCCUCCAUCAAGUUCAAGCCGUUCAGCAAGUACCCGCCGUGUAACAAAGACAUUUCCUUCUGGAUUGACGAUGACGCGUUCAGCGACAACUCGUUUACAGAUGUUGUGCGCUCUGUCGCUGGCGACCUCGCCGAGCACGUUGCUUUGAUUGACUCCUUCACGCAUCCCAAGACCGGACGCAGGAGCCGCACGUUCCGCAUCGUGUACAGAUCCAUGGAUAGAACGGUGACAAACGAAGAGAUCAAUGAGAUUCAGGAGCAACUUCGGAAGACCGUUGCGCACGAGUUGCACGUGGAGCUCAGAUGAGCUUGGUGGUGAUGAUGAUGGUGGUGUGAUGGUGAUGAUGAUGAUGAUGAUGAUGAUGAUG